AUGGCUUCCAACAAAAACAACAUUAAAAUCCAUCAACACAUCAAAGUUGUUCCUCCAUCAUCAUCAACCCAAACAACAACAACAACAGUCCCUCUCACUUUCUUUGACAUAGUUUGGCUAACUUUCCAUCCAAAUGAGCGAAUCUACUUUUACACCCUCCAUGAUCCACACUCUCACCCUUCUUUCUUUUUCCAAAAUAUUGUUCCAAAUCUCAAAUCUUCACUCUCUUUAACCCUCCAACACUUUCUCCCUUUAGCUGGUAAAAUCGUUUGGCCUACGGAUUCUUCAAAAACAUUCAUACAAUUCAAUUCCAAUGAAGAUGAUGGAGUUUCAUUCCUCGUUGCAGAGUCUGAUUCAGAUUUCUAUCAUGUCAUUGGAAACUCACCCCAUGAAGCUUCUUUGUCGCGUUCCUUUAUACCCCACUUGGAAUCAUCAGAUUCGUUUGCUUCUAUUAUCUCACUUCAAAUCACUCUAUUCCCAUAUUGUGGCUUCAGCAUAGGAAUCACUACACACCAUGCUGUUUUUGAUGGAAAAUCUUUAUCCAUGUUCGUCAAAGCUUGGGCUUAUCUAUGCAACAAAACCAUUGAAACCCUAGAAGAAUCACCAACUUUGUUGCCAGAGUUAGAGCCUUUAUUCAACAGACAUAUCAUCAAAGACACAAAUGAAAAUAAAUCAAUCGAGUUCUUAUCCAAGACAUUCCCAAAUGAAAAACCAAACCAACGAAGCUUGAAGAUAUUCGCUUCUGAACCAAAACUCGAAGUCUCUCUUCGUGCUACGUUCAAGCUCACACGUGAAGAUUUGAAUAAAAUAAAGCAAAAGGUGUUAUCCAAAUGGAAAAUACUCGAUACAAAUGAAUCAAAGCCAGAGACUCUAUCUUCUUUUAUUCUCACUUGUGCUUAUUCAGUUGUUUCUAUUGCAAGAGCUAUUCAUGGAGUUGAAAAAGAGAAAGAAAAGUUUUCUUUUUCUUUUCCAAUAGAUUGUAGAGCAAGGUUGGAACCACAAAUACCAAAUAACUAUUUUGGAAACUGCAUAUCGGGGGAUUUCUUUGAUAUAAAACCAUUUGAUUUCAAAAAUAAAGAUGGUGUCUUUGUAGUUGCCAAGUGUAUUUAUGAGAAAAUAAAGAUGAUAAAAGAAAAUGGUGGUUUUGAAGAAAUUUUUUUUGAUGUGUUGGAUAGACAUACUUGUUUAAUUAAUGAAGGAUCUGAAGCUUUUGGAGUGGCUGGGUCAAAUAGAUAUGGUGUUUAUGAGAAUGAUUUUGGUUAUGGAAGGCCAGAAAAGGUGGAGAUAGUGUCCAUAGAUAGAGGUUUAUCAAUUGGUUUCGGAGAUAGCAAAGAUGGCAAUGGUGGAGUUGAAAUUGGCCUUGUUCUAAAUAAGCAUGUAAUGGAUCUCUUUAGCACUUUGUUUCUUGAAGGACUGUGUGGUAAUUGA